AUGGACGAGAAGCAAAAGCUACUGUAUGCUGAGAAUCUAAAGCGAUUCGUAUUUUUUGGUGUUGCUGUCUCCACUGUUGCCACAUUCACUGCAAUCGUUGCUGUACCUUUGCUAUGCCUUUACCUACAAAAUGUACACUCUAGCGUUCAAGAAGAGAUACUUUACUGCCGCACAAAAUCUAGUGGAUUACGAGGAGAAUAUGUUCGGACUGAAAGUCAGCACCAAAGCAGAGCAAAACGUCAAGAGCCUAGUCAGUGUUGUUCAUGCGGAGUUGGACCCGUAGGACCUGCAGGACCCCCAGGGCCAGAUGGUGAACCUGGUAUAGACGGACAUCCGGGAAGACCUGGAGCUCCAGGAGCAGAUGCUUCUGAUCAUCUCGCAAUACCCAAACCCAGCGAUUUUUGCUUUGAAUGUCAGCCCUCACCAGCUGGUCCACCUGGCUUGACUGGACCAAUGGGUCCCAUAGGACCACCAGGACCACCAGGAGAGCAAGGUCCAAUGGGAAGUCAAGGACCUCGCGGUAACAAUGGCCCUCCAGGACCACCCGGAAAAGAUGGCGAGCCUGGUGAAGUUGGACCGCCCGGAAUAGCUGGUACUGUGCGAACUUUACCCUCCCCAGCCGGCCCACCUGGAGAGCAAGGUGAAAUGGGACCUGCUGGUCCUCCUGGUCCAGACGGCCCUCCUGGACGUGAUGGACAUCCCGGUGCUGCUGGACCACAAGGCGAUAAUGGAGUGGAUGGCCCCAAUGGAAAAGACGGUGAGAAUGGCCCUCCUGGUCCGCCUGGAAAAGAUGGUAGCAAAGGAUCAUGUGAUCAUUGUCCAGUACCUCGUACUCCUCCCGGUUACUAA